AUGUCAAACAUCGCACACAACGUCCGUCGACUAUUGCGACCGCAACAAGUAUCCACAUUCACAAAAUACACCCGCGUGGCACCAAUUGCGCGUCUGCACCAACAAGGCCCAUCCCGCUCGGCAGUGGUUCACGAACAAGCACUCCCUCACAGCCAAAGUGAAGGAGCUGCAUUCCUGUCACAGACCAAAUGUCAAACAUCAAGCCUACACAACACCCACCAUGAUUCAACAACCCUAGAAAACCUCGUUUCGCAAAUCCCGCUCGUCCAGUCCCUCCGCGAGACCCACAGCUCCUACAAAGAAAGCCGCCCUCACCUCGCAAUUCCCUCACCAAUCAGACAGAGUCACCUCGUCGGCGGCAGCUUGACCGGUCCAGGAAAGCUCCCUUUCGCACCAUACAUGUGGCUCUCGACCGGACAGAGCGACGGAAAGGCCACUGGCGAGCGAAACAGCAGGGUUGUGUCAGUCUUCCACAUCGGUCAGGACCUCUGCGGCCAUCCGGGCUUUGUGCACGGUGGUCUCCUUACUGUCCUCUUCGAUGAGGUGUUUGCUCGCUGUGUGUCUGCGGCGUUUCCUAGCGGGCUGGGUAUGACUGCGAAUCUGAAUGUGGAUUUCCGCAAGCCGGCACUUCCGGAUCGCAUGUAUGUGCUGCGCACGGAGACGGUUAAGGUUGAGGGACGCAAGGCUUGGGUUGAGGGGAGGAUGAGUUAUCUUCCCUUGGCUUUGCCUGCCGAUGCGAAGACUAUUGUCCCGGAUGUUAGUCAAUUGCGCGAGGAUAGUGAGGGUGCGGUUAUGGUUGCUGAGGGUAAGGCUUUGUUUGUGGAGCCUAAGUUCGCAGAUUCUAUGGUGUCGAUCUAUAGGAGCUGA